CCCACGCACCGCCGGUGACGGCAGCCGCCUCCACAAACGCUGCGCCGUACGCGUGGAUUUAGCAGCGGGUCCAUUCAGCGGUGGAUUGAUAAAAACCUGCUGGAGAGUUUGCAGCUCUUCUUCCAGCGACAGUCCUCUGCAUCCCCUUCUGUGACCUUGGGCGUGGCAUUACUCACCCAUUCAUUCCUCUCUCCAUUCAUCCAUCUCUCGCCCUGCCAUGAAAAGCCUAUCAGGUAGUCGGGGUCAUCAUCAUGUGGUCACCUAUGAACCCACAUAUGAUCCACUGGGUCACCAUGUUGACCACAAGCCAUAUUUGAUCAGUCAGAUGGACAUGCCCGUCCCCAUUCCCAUGCCACAUGCAGCUGAGUUGCCCUAUUACAAAGCUCAACGUACCUCCUACCCCUCUGAAAGCAACAGCAUUGUGCCGUAUGGAACCUUCCCAAGGAGGUGCCACUCCACCUCCUCAUCUCAACAACCUGAGGUAAAGGGUGAUUGUGUGGCCAUGGUACCGUAUGUAGGAGGAGGGGGAAGAGGAGGAACGGGUGGAGGAGGCUAUGGGGGUAAAACACAAACUCAGGUACCAAUAAACUUUGUGGACGCAUUUGACCAACAGCCCCCAUUUUCCAGAGAUGGCUACCAUACACUGCAAUACAAACGAGGAGUGCUGGCCAGCAGUGGUGGGAUGGGGGCCAAUGAUAACAACAAUGAUAGCCCUGGGCGAAUUCGACACUUAGUCCACUCAGUCCAGAAGCUCUUUACAAAGUCACAUUCUUUGGAGGGGCCACACCACACACAGUCAUCUAAAGGGGCCAAUAAUGGGAACAUUAAUGGUGGAGGUGGUGGUGGUGGUGCUUCAAGGGCUAGCCCAGAAGGUGUAACUCCAUCAGUGGGGGUGCGGCACCGGAAACGCAGCAAAAGCCGUGAGCGCUGUCGAUCUGCGGAGCCCAAGCAUCGAAGCUAUCACCACCACCCCCAGCUCCAGGGCACUGCCUCAGCUCCAGGCUCUGGAUACUGGAGCUCAGAUGACAACCUGGAACGGGAAGUGUGUCUUUACCACCCUCACCACCACCAACCUCCACCUUCACCCUCUCCCUCCAUUUCCCCUUCACCUAUUGCCACAACAAUGGGCUGUUGCCCCGACAGCAACCUUGACACGUUUCCCCAGACGCCCCUCCCAAGUCUCACCUCUUCGCAAUCCCAGCAGUACUUUAUGAUGGACCCCUAUGGCACGCUUAAUGAAAACACACACAUCCACGCACGCCAUGGCCACACAUACCACCAUUCUGUGCUGAAAGCCUCCCGGAGCAACAACGAUGUGAAAUAUGCAGCUUCUUCGGCGUGUCUGCCUAUUAGUGGUAGCAGCAAUAACAGCGGUGGCGGUAUCGGUGGAGGAAGUGGCCCGUUGAUGCCACUUGGUCUUUUGGAUGGACCUCUCAUGAAGAAAGGGGCAUGGUCUUCAAGCUUAACGGUGAGCAGGGCCCGAGAGGUCUACACCAACAACAGCAGCCACAGCCAGCUACGAGCCAGCGCAGGAUCCGAUAACCUAACACUAGAUAGAGCUCUAGUCAAAUCUAAGGGCAGUCAGCAGCAGGACCACCUUUUCCAUUUUUUACAGGUACCUCAGGAUGAGUGGAGCACUUUCUCGCCUGUGGCAAGGGAGGAUGACAUCCCAUGUCGGAGGAUGCGGAGCGGCAGCUAUGUCAAAGCCAUGGCCGAAGAUGACAGUGGAGACUCUGAGGGGAGUCCCAAACCCUCACCAAAGAUGCAGGCCCGUCGGGCCAGCUACCUGAAGGCCACGCAACCAUCGCUAACGGAGAUGACGACUCUACAAAUUUCCACAGAACACUCCCCCAAACUACAGAUCCGGAGCCAUAGUUACCUGCGAGCGGUGAGUGAGGUUUCAAUCAAUAGAAGCCUGGAUACCCUGGACCCCAAAACCCUCCUCGAUCCAAAAUCGCUACUUUCCUCACCUCAAUACCGCUCACGCAAUGAGAGCUACAUGAGGGCCAUGAGCACCAUUAGUCAGCUGAGUGAGGUCGAAGUGAACGGUCAGAUCGAGCAGGUCUGUGAGGAGGUUUAUAGUGAGUUGCAGUCUAAGGCCAUGGAGGCUGCCAUGGAUAGCUUGGAAACUAUGGACACACUGCCCAUGCCAGGAUGCUUCCGUAUGCGAAGCCACAGUUAUGUGAGGGCCAUUGACCAGGGCUGUGCUGGAGAAGCAGAAGGGGAAGGAGGAAGACCAUUGCUUCUGCUGCCAUCCUCACCACCACGCACAUCUGCCACUACUGUCAGGACGAUCCAGAGCAGCACAGUUUCAUCUUGUAUUACUACCUAUAAGAAAACACCUCCGCCAGUGCCACCACGAACCUCUACCUGCUCUACAGCCUCCAAGCCAUACAUCUCCAUCACGGCCCAAAGCAGCACGGAGUCUGCACAGGACGCAUACAUGGAAGAGGAAGGAACCAGAGGUGACAUGACCAUCCAGUCUGGGCUGAGUAACUCAACAGAAAGCAUUGACAGCAUGAAGGCCUUGACAGCUGCCAUAGAAGCUGCAAACGCUCAGGUCCAUGGACCAGCCAGUCAGCAUGUGAGUAACAGCGCCAUGGCGGUCAACAACACCACCUCCUUAUUUCACAGCAGGGGUCAAAGUGUUGAAGCCUGCCAGGAUGACUACAGAAACGAAGCCCUCAGAAAGGGAAAAUGCCUCUCCAUAGGAAUACAGGUUGAUGGACCAGAGGAGAUUCCAGAUCCUGAGGACGCCUCCAAGUUUACCUCUGUAGGAGUUCAAGUGGAGGAUGACAGAGGAUACCGUCGGUUCCAACGCUCCAACAGUGUGACAACAGCUGUGCAGGCAGACCUGGACUUGCCAGACCUGUUAGAAGUAUCUCGAGACUCACCAGAUCCUCACAUCCAAGUCCUGCCAUAUGGUGGCAUGUCUCGCCAAUAUUCCCGUGAUGCUGCCACCUCCACCGUCAGCAUUCAGGGCUCAGGGAACCACUACCAUGCCUGUGCUUCUGAAGAAUAUGAGGAUGUUGGCUUUGACCCGUCCAUCCUCCCUCCUCCAGACCCCUGGAUAGACAGCGUAACCGAUGAUCUGGUCGACGCCAGCUUCAACAGCUCUGCUAUUCUGGAGGUGGUGUCGCGAUCGGUCUUACAGAGGGAUGGACACUGGUUCCUGAAGCUACUGCAAGCUGAGACCGACCGUAUGGAGGGCUGGUGUCAACAAAUGGAGCUGGACCAGCAGGAGAACGACCUGCCUGAAGACAUCCUUGGGAAGAUGAGGAGUGCUGUAGGAAGUGCCCAGCUUCUGAUGUCCCAGAAGUUUCAGCAGUUCAGAGAACUGUGUGAGGAAAACCUGAACCUAAACACGCAUCCUCGUCCUGUGGCCUCUGACCUGGCUGGGUUUUGGGAUAUGCUUCAACUGUCAAUUGAAAAUAUAAGCCUCAAGUUUGAUGAGCUCCACCAGCUCAGGGCCAACCACUGGAGACCCCUGGACCCCCCUGAGAGAAAGGAGAGGCGCCUCCCACCUCCAGUGCCAAAAAAGCCCCACAGGCACCCCCGCCAGCACCCCCCGUUGGCCAGAGACCACUCCCUGGAGAGUUCAGAGAAGCAGCGGCAGGAUGCCCGGAAGCGCCUGAUGGCUGCCAAGAGGGCAGCAUCUGUGCGGCAGAAUUCGGCCACAGAGAGCGCCGACAGCAUCGAGAUCUACAUCCCUGAGGCUCAGACCCGGCUAUGA